AUGACCGAUUCGGUGGUCGUGGAGGGAUACGCCAGACUCAAAGACGGGAAAAAGUGGAAAACUAGAUGGGUGGUUUUUCGCAAGCCGUCCCCCGUCGCAGAUUGCCUGGUCCUGCUGGUUUUUAAAGACGAGUCGGACAAAGCGGACGGGAACAAGGAAGGCCCCGACGUCACUCUGGAGGAGAUCUGCGGCCUGGAAAGCGGACGCCGGUGCGAGGGCGCUUUCUUUACGCUAGCCAUCCUGUGCCUGAGCCGGGCGGCCGUGCUGGCGUUCGACAGCGAGGAGACUCUGCGAGCGUGGGAGGUCCGUCUGCGCUACAGCCUCGGAGAAGUUCACAGGUUCGACGUGGGGGUUUUGGCGGGAACCAAGCUAGAGAGCGGCCCGGCAACUCUACACUUGUGCAACAACUUGCUGGCUCUCGCACGGGACGCGCCCCCCGUCGUGGUGGGCCACUGGAACCUUCCGGACCUGCGCCGAUACGGGCCCGUACCCAACGGAUUUGUGUUUGAGGGAGGAACGCGCUGUGGUUACUGGGCGGGCGUUUUCCUGCUCUCGUCUCGGGAGAGCGAGCAGAUCAGCUUUUUGUUCGACCGCAUCGUCCGGGGCGUCUCUCCGACCAGGGGCCCGCGACCCCUCCUGCCAGAUCCCAGCAGCAGUCGGACCGACGUUGAGGAGCGGCUGAACCACGAAACGCGGGAACUGGAGAAGCGACUGAGCGUGCUCUCCAAUCGCCACGGCGCGUCGCCCGUGUGCCGCGCGAACCCCGGGGACGACGGGCGCAACGUAUCCGGUUCCUCGGAAAGCUCGGACUCCCUCCGAUCGGACGGCGACCUCGCGGACGGCGACCUCGCGGACGGCGACCUCGCGGGGGCCCAAGCGGCGAGUCCGGAAAAGCGGCCGGCUAAUCGGAGCGGCGGGAACGCUCCCGAAGUCGGAGACCCGAGCGGGCGGCUUCUGGAAAUGGCUCGCCGGAGCUCUUUAGACAGCGGUAUUGCCACGGGUAGCCAUUCCUCUUACUCUGGAAGUUUCUCCUCGUGUACAGAAAGUCUUGACAUUAGCGGCGGCGAAGACUUUGGUUCAGUUUUUAGCUUACCUCCCCGCUCGGCUCAAGACCUCAGCCCGUGUUCUUGCCCCAACCUUUCGGGACGGGAGUACAAAGUUCCGACCUCGCUCAGGUAUCUGUACCACACUCCCAGGAGUCUGGCGCGGGACCGCCCUACUUUAGCUCACCAUCCCGUAACGGAGUCUUUAGAGGGGACGUCCGACGCUCACCCGAGGAGCACGAAAACGAGGGGGAGACCCCCUAGUGACGAUCCGGAAUCCGGCGCGACCAAAACCAUCUUGACCAUCUGCUCAGAAUGCGGCGGAUUUCAGGGGAUGCCCUUCAACCCUGCAAGUGCUGUGGCCAUACCCGCUUUACCAGCCAAAAUGCCCGACGGCGGAGAGGAGCGGCGCCGAGCCGAUCCCUCUUACGAGACGGCGGAGAGCCGCGCGCCAGGACCAAAGUCGGAGGCAGAUGAAAAAAGCAAGUACGAAAGCGUGCUCGGACACGGCGCGCAAAAGACGGAAGUGACUUACGUCAAUAUUCCCGUGAGUCCCACGUCCAAGAAGCAGCUCGACUACAUGGAGCUGGACCUGCAAGAGCCCGGCGCACGGGGGAAGGGAUCCGCCAAGUACGCUCAGAUCGACAUCGCCGCCACAGAGACGGCCCGCGAGGUGGGCACCCGGCACGCUCUGGGGCGUCAGGAGGGCCUGCGUACCCUGGAGCGGAGAAAAAAGGCCACGCCGCAUUGA